AUGCGUACAUACGGUCAAUCGCUGCCGACCAAGAGAUCCCACGCGGACGAGUGCAAAAAAGGGGUGCCAAAUCUGACGACGCGUUUCCCUUGCCACGCUGACGCUAAUGAACACAAUACACAGGAAAACGGAUGUUCGGCGGGAAAACAAAAUUUUGAGGAUGACCUCGGGACGGUACCAUUCCGUAACGCGAUCUCGCAUUCGGUGCGGAGAAAUGGACAGACAGGAAUCAGCGAACAUUCACCACUGAAAAUCAUCCCAAUUCAGGGCUUUCUCCUUGAGAAGCAAAACAUUUGGCAAGUACUUUCUCUCAUCAAGAGACUUGAUAACAGCGAACAUUGGAGAUGUGCCCAGGAGAACGCGAUGCAUGAGGAAAAAAAAGCCGAUGGAGAGUUGAUGAUGGCACUUUGCGAAGUACCCACAAUGACGAUCACUUCUGAUCUUUUGGCGGA